UUAAAUUGUUGUUUUAUUCCUUUUCAGUUUUCUCUUUCUUCUUAGACUUGGAGGAAAGGAGGCAAAGGGAUAAGGGAGCAGAACAACAGAGAGAGAGAGAGAGAAACAGAGUAAUAGUUGGUGGACAGAACAGAACAGAACAGAACACAAGAGAAGAAGACAGUUAUCUUCAAUGGAUCUUGUCAUGCACCACCCUCCUUCACUUCCCUCCUCAUCCAACAAUGUAAAAUCACAACAAUUGCAAGGAAGGAGAUUAUCCACCGUGUCCUUUGCAUUGCCUGAGACAGCAGCUUCAGUGGCGGUUACUGCAACCCUUGUUGCUGCAGCUGCCACUCUUCUUGUAAACAGAACCAAAUCUUCUGAUUCUUCAACACAGGUUGAAAUUAAAGUGAAAGUCUGUGAAGAUUGUGGAGGUUCUGGUAUAUGUUCAGAGUGCAAUGGAGAAGGAUUCGUGCUCAAGAAACGAUCCGACGAAAGCGCAGAGAAGGCAAGAUCACAAGCUAAGAACAUGGCUACUCGAUUCACAGCAGGGCUUCCAAAGAAGUGGAGCUAUUGUACAAAGUGCUCUUCUAGCAGAUCCUGUUCAACCUGUGAUGGAACUGGCAAAUUAAGCUACUAAACUUUCAAGAUUUAGAUUCAGAUGCCAUAAUCUGGUAACUGAUUAGUUAAUUUCUAAUUAGCAUUUUACUUGAUGUAUUGUUCUACAUGAAGCAAUUGCUUGUGUAAAUAUGUUGUAUUUGUUAAAUUAUUAAGCUAAUGUUGAACUUGGUGACGCAUUUAUUUAUGGUGGAUACUCUUAUGAUGACAUCUUCACAUGAAGAUAGAAUUGUGAACCAUUAGAUGAGUUGAUAAAGUUGACUAAAUAUAUUUGAUUAACUAUCUAAGAGUUCACAAUGUCAUCUUCAUAUAAAGAUGCCAUCAUGUGAGUAUUCCCAUUUAUUUAUAUUUAUAUAUAGUUUGUAUUUGUCA